GGUUUGUCAUAGUCGCAGAGGGCUCUGUUUUUUGGACCCAAACAACUUAGAUUCCUUUUCUCGCAACCCCACCCCCCCACCCACCCCCUCUUUCAAAUUCUUCUGGAUACUCUUUUUUUUAUUUUUUAUUUUUUGGUGCGUGUUUGUGUGCGUGAGUGGUGUUGGCGUUUCGCCGUUCAGCUUUAUGGGACGUGAUGUAGCCCCCGCACAGGAGGACGCCUUGUGCCAUAAAGGGAUGUAAGGGACAGUACCGUGGAUACAACGCGAGGAACGCCGCGGUUCACCAUCACCAGGACUCGGAUUCUGGACGUGCAGCUGCUUAAACCGAGGCGGUUUUACGAGGAUAUUGAACGGAGCGACAGGAGGCAACUAUUUGGAUUCGUUGUUCGCUCUCCUCGACCCCCUUCAUCAAAGCCCAUUCCUCACACACGGUGCGUAAGGACGGUACCCAAAGCCUGAAAAGACAGUUGAGAGAGAAAUGCUCACUAAUACUUUGAAUGGAAGGACGUGAACCGUACCUCCUCUUCACCAGUCAUUUUCAAAUCCGCGGACGGAACAUGGUUUUAUUAUCUGGAAUGUGAUAUAAAGGAUUUGUGAGGAGCACGCUCAGCCAGAACCACAUUCCUUCUCACUCCAAGAUUUCGGACGGCAUCUGGCGUCAAGAUUUGCGGUCUUCUAAGAAGAGUGGCACAGUGGAGGAAACCGUGCCUUAAAAGAAGCACCCGAUUCAGGCAUUUGCCAGCAAAAGACUGACCUCAACUGGGACCUUCAGCAGCGGGCGGUAAGAGGAGGAGGCCAUGUGGACCGCACGCCUGCUUGUCCUCGCCAGCCUCUUCGCACCAGCCGCUAUGGCCUUCAGUCGAGCACCCAUCCCCAUGGCGGUGGUGAGGAGGGAGCUGUCGUGCGAGAGCUACCCCAUCGAGCUGCGCUGCCCGGGAACAGACGUCAUCAUGAUUGAGAGUGCCAACUAUGGCCGCACUGAUGACAAGAUCUGUGACGCAGACCCAGCUCAGAUGGAGAACACGCGGUGUUACCUGCCAGAUGCGUACAAGAUCAUGUCUCAAAGAUGUAAUAACCGGACCCAGUGUGCUGUUGUGGCUGGACCAGAUGUAUUUCCUGACCCUUGCCCGGGAACCUACAAAUAUCUGGAAGUCCAAUAUGAAUGUGUACCCUACAAAGUGGAACAAAAAGUAUUCCUGUGCCCAGGGCUUCUGCGCAGGGUGUACCAGAGCGAGCACCUCUUUGAAUCGGACCACCAGUCAGGAGCCUGGUGCAAAGACCCUCUCCAAGCCUCCGAUAAGAUUUACUACAUGCCCUGGACACCCUAUCGCACUGACACUUUGACAGAAUAUUCCUCCAAAGAAGACUUCAUCGCCGGAAGGCCAACAACAACCUACAAGCUCCCACAUCGUGUUGAUGGAACAGGCUUUGUGGUCUAUGAUGGGGCGCUCUUCUUCAACAAGGAGCGCACGCGAAACAUUGUCAAGUUUGACCUGCGGACUCGUAUCAAGAGCGGCGAGGCCAUCAUUGCCAACGCCAACUACCAUGACACAUCUCCAUACCGCUGGGGAGGAAAGUCCGACAUUGACUUGGCUGUUGACGAAAAUGGUCUUUGGGUGAUUUACGCUACUGAGCAGAACAACGGGCGGAUUGUCAUCAGCCAGCUCAAUCCCUACACAUUACGUGUUGAGGGGUCCUGGGACACAUCUUAUGACAAGCGCUCAGCAUCCAACGCCUUCAUGAUCUGUGGAAUCCUUUAUGUAGUAAAGACGGUGUAUGAGGACGAUGACAAUGAGGCAACAGGAAACAAGAUUGACUACAUCUAUAACACAGAGCUGAGUAAAGAUGGGUUUCUGGACAUCCCUUUCCCCAACUCCUACCAGUACAUUGCUGCAGUGGAUUACAAUCCCAGGGACAACCUGCUGUACGUUUGGAACAAUUACCAUGUCGUGAAGUACUCUCUGGACUUUGGAGCGCUGGACAACAGGCUCGAAACGUCCUCCUCUGUAAUGGUGUACAUGGACACAACGACCACGACGACAAGGACCACCACUCGACCAACCACCGUUACCAUGACAACCACCACAACCAGGACUACCACUACCAGGGUGCCUGCCACAACAACUGCAUUGGCCCAGUGGCCACGGACCACGUCCACAGUAGUGGCUCCUGCCCAGACGCUGGUGGAGGGCUUGGUCCCAGAAGACAACGACAGGGCACCACCUUCCUCCAAGCUUCCCAACAUCAGGGUGGAGUACUGUAAUCCCCUGGUGAUUAUGGACAUCUCCUGGCCCAAGACCAAGCAGGGUGUGAUGGCAAAAAUGCCAUGUCCACCUGGAACCUCAGGCGUGGCCUCACACAUGUGCAUGGGUCCGGAGGGAUACUGGGACCCACAGGGACCCGACUUUAGCAACUGUACAUCCCCUUGGGUCAACCUCAUCAGCCAGAAGCUAAAAGCUGGAGAGACAGCAGCAGUCAUUGCCAGGGAGUUGGCGGAGCAAACUAAGCGUAAUCUUCAGGCAGGUGACAUCACCUACACAGUGAAGGCCAUGGUUCAGCUGGUGGAUCUCCUUGACGUGCAGCUGAGGAACCUCACACCAGGCGGCAAAGACAGCGCAGCACGGAGCCUCAACAAGCUACAGAAAAGAGAGCGCUCUUGUCGGUUUUAUGUUCAGGCCAUGGUGGAGACGGUCAACAAUUUGCUGCAGCCGCACGCCCAGGCAGCGUGGGGGGAGCUGAGCACAGGCGAGCAGCUGAGGGCUGCCACCAUGCUGCUGGACACGGUGGAGCAAGGGGCCUUUGUCCUGGCCGAUAACCUGCUGAAGACGGACAUCGUGCAAGAGAACACCGACAACAUCCAGCUGGAGGUGGCAAGGAUGAGCACAGAUGGGAAUUUGCCUGAUCUGAAGUUCCCACAAACUGGAGGACAGGGCAACUCCAUCCACCUCUCAGCUAACACGCUAAAGCAGCACGGAAGAAACGGUGAAAUUCGGAUCGCAUUCGUCCUGUACAAACACAUUGGGGUCUACCUUUCAACGGAAAACGCCAGCAUGAAGCUGGGCAAUGAAGCCAUGGCUACCAAUUACUCUGUCAUUGUCAACUCACCAGUUAUCACGGCUGCCAUCAACAAGGACUCUAACAAAGUCUACCUCUCUGACCCUGUCAUUUUUACCAUCAGACAUCUACAGCAAUCUGAGGAGAACUUCAACCCCAACUGUUCAUUCUGGAGUUACUCCAAGAGAAGCAUGACUGGUUACUGGUCGACACAGGACUGCCGCUUGCUAGGCACCAACAGGACGCACACCACAUGCUCCUGUACACAUCUGACCAAUUUUGCAGUCCUCAUGGCCCACGUGGACGUCAAGAACACAGACCCUGUUCACGACAUGCUUCUUGAUGUCAUUACUUGGGUUGGCAUCCUCCUGUCGCUGGUCUGCCUGCUCAUCAGCCUCUUCACCUUCUGCUUCUUCCGCGGCCUCCAGAGUGAUCGCAACACCAUCCAUAAGAACCUCUGCAUCUGCCUGUUCAUUGCAGAGUCCCUGUUCCUGGUGGGGAUCAAUCGAGGGGACCAGCCGAUUGCUUGUGCUGUCUUCGCUGCCCUGCUCCACUUCUUCUUCCUGGCAGCGUUCACGUGGAUGUUCCUGGAGGGCGUGCAGCUCUACAUCAUGUUGGUGGAGGUGUUUGAGAGCGAGCACUCGCGCCGGCGCUACUUCUACCUGGUGGGCUACGGAGUUCCGGCGCUAAUUGUGGCCGUUUCUGCUGCAGUGGACUACCGCAGUUAUGGCACCGACCGAGUUUGCUGGCUUCGCCUGGACACCUACUUCAUUUGGAGUUUCAUAGGACCAGCAACCUUGAUAAUUAUGCUCAACGUGAUCUUCCUGGGCAUUGCUCUCUACAAGAUGUUCCAUCACACAGCCAUCUUGAAACCAGACUCUGGUUGCCUGGACAACAUCAAAUCGUGGGUGAUCGGGGCCAUUGCCUUGCUAUGUCUGCUGGGCCUUACCUGGGCCUUUGGCCUGAUGUAUGUCAACGAGAGCACGGUGGUCAUGGCCUACUUGUUCACCAUCUUCAACUCCCUGCAGGGAAUGUUCAUCUUCAUCUUCCACUGUGUGCUGCAGAAGAAGGUGCGUAAGGAGUAUGGAAAAUGCCUGAGAACUCACUGCUGCAGUGGCAAAAGUGUGGAAAGCUCCGUCGGCUCUGGAAAAGGCACCGCCUCUCGUGCCCCAGGACGUUACUCCACAGGGUCACAGAGCCGCAUCCGUCGAAUGUGGAAUGACACAGUCAGGAAACAGUCCGAGUCCUCUUUUAUGACCGGCGACAUCAACAGCUCUGCGUCACUCAACAGAGGGGCUAUGGCUAACCAUCUUAUACCUAAUGCACUCCUACGUCCUCAUGGCACUAACAAUCCCUAUAAUACAUUGCUUGGGGAAUCGGCAGUCUAUAACAACCCUCUGGGCAUGUACAACACACAAGAGCCCUACAGAGAGACAAAGGGAAUCCUGAACAAUGCCCGGGAUACAAGUGUCAUGGAUACUCUACCACUGAAUGGUAACCAUGGCAACAGCUACAGUAUCGCCAGCGCUGAGUACAUGAGUGACUGUGUCCAGAUCAUUGACCGGGGCUAUAACCACAAGGAGACCACCCUGGAAAAGAAGAUCCUGAAAGAGCUCACCUCCAAUUAUAUCCCCUCCUACCUCAACAAUUCCCACGAGCGCUCAACAGAGCAGAACCGGAACCUAAUGAAUAAGCUGGUCAAUAAUGUUAGCAACGGUGGCAAGGACAGUGGCUAUGGGAUGGGCUUGGGAGUGGGGAUGGGCAUGAAUGUCGCGCUGAGCCUGGAUGACCACUCCACCUUUGGUCUGCACCACGACGAAGGCCUGGGCCUGGAGUUAAUCCGCGAGGAGUCUAACGCCCCGCUGUUGCCUCAAAGACCGCCCCCUUCACUGCAGGCGGUGGACAACCUCCACAAUCACCUCCACCAGUCAGUGCCGCCACCCCUCCCACUUCCCCACCAUCCCUUCUCGUCCGCCACCACUUCCUCCUCGUCUCGAAGGCGGAUCCCCCAGGAGAACAGCGAAAGUUUCUUUCCCUUACUUACUAACGAGCACACCGAGGACGAGAGCUCGUCACCCAGCCACAACCACCAGAGAGACUCCCUCUAUACCAGCAUGCCCAUGUUGUCCGGCCUGCCCGACGUGUCUGCGGAAUCUGCUGAUGGCUCCAAGGAUGGCGGGGAUGCCAAGAGCCCAGAGGCCAGCUCGGAUGACGUUUACUACAAGAGCAUGCCCAACUUGGGCUCACGUAACCACCUCCAUCAGCUGCACUCCUAUUACCAGCUAGGGCGGGGCAGCAGCGAUGGCUUUAUCGUGCCCCCAAACAAAGAGGAUCUAUCUCCAGAAGAGGCCCACCAGGAGCCCUCACACCUGGUCACCAGCCUAUAGGCCCAACACCCUCCUAUGCCUCCAGUGUCCCUCCUUUUACUGUAGUCCUCUUCUCUUCCCUGUGUCCCCUUGUUCCAUCAGUCGUUGGCAGUGGUAGCCUUUGUUCUUAUUCUGUGUCCCGAAGAAUGAGGCGGAGCAAAUAACUGUACUCUCGCUGUUACUCACCACAAACAGGAUAAUAAUUGCUACGUAUGGGGGCUAAUAUGUGACAAUAUUUGGUUAGACAGUGCGGGAAUCUGUUGAUGUUGUGUUUCUCCGCUCAAACCCUGUGUGGUUUGGUGUGUUUUGUCUCAGUGUGAAGAGACAAUUACUCACACAGGAUUUUUAGGUCUCAGAGAUAGAGUCUGACAUUCAAAAGGAACUGCAUAGCCCCAAACUAUACAAGUCUAAACUGUAGACUUCACCAGAAUAAAUGGGAAAUUUAAAAAAGGACUAUUUUAUUAUACUUCUGUAUCUAUAUUGACUUUUUGAAAGAUUUUCUUCCUCUUUGGUGAGUUGCAGCACAUUUUGUUUGCUGAAGUGUCCCUUCAAUGAAAAAAAAGACAAAAAAAACCCAACGCAUUUUGAACAAUUACCAUGAAGGAAUUAUUGAUCGUAUGCUUUCAAGCAUAGCUGUUCUUUUUUCUUUCAUUUUACUGUAAUAACAGUUGUUAAAAGAGGGAGAAAAAAAAACUAAUAAGAGAAUUAUGAGAUAUUUCUAUGUAAUUGUACAGAUAACUAGCAUUGCACAUAAUAGUAUGCUUUUUUUUUUGUUCCAAGCAAACCCUUUGUCUCUGUAAAUGUAGUGGUUAGGAGCAAUUUUGUUCUGUUGUGCUGGCCUUUCUGGGUUUCUGGUACCAGUCUGUUUUUGGUUUCCUCUUUAUCACUUUCCAAGAAAUUACCAUCUAAAUAGAAACAAAAUAACACAAAAAAAUCACAACAAAACACUUACUGUGCAGGCAUUUUUGUGCAACAUAUUCACUUUUGUUUUCAGGUGUGUUUUCUGUUUCCUUUUGAUCUCUCUUCCCAUUUUUUUUUUUUUACUGUGUAGAUAGCAGAGCUCGGGUUCACAGAUUGUCGAGGAGACAGCAUAAGUCCACGUUAAUCAGGAGUUGUCCCUCAGAAAGGUUCAUAGUGCAUUCUGCAUCUCUAUUGGCAUUCAGUAAACGUUUUUGCUUCUCAGAAAGAGAACAAGUUGAACAUCGAUAAGCACUACGAGCUUAUACAAAAAAGAACAAUGGUUGUUUUACUUAUUAAAGAAAGAGCUUUUGAGGGUGAGAAAAACUGGAAGUGUUUUGUUUUUUUUCUUCCUCGAGGAGAAAUUAUAUUUAUUUAUUUGUUUAAAUAAACCGUAAUAAAUUGGAGGAUGGAAGUAAGUUUAGUGGCACAGAUAAGUCUUUAUUAUUGGCUAUGAUUAUGGCUUCUUAUUUAUUCCUUUUGUAAUGGUUUCCAAGUUGAAUGACCUCAUAACUAAUAUUUGUUGUAACAGUGAAACAAAUAAAUUACUGAUUAAGAUUUAUCACUUAGCUAUGGCAAAAGUUCUGGUGUUUUGUCUGGGUCUUGGAACACUUUUAUAUGGGUUAUAGGGAAGGACCUCCAAAUGAUGGAACGAUCAAUGAUUUUUUAAAUUUUUAUUAUCAGUUAAUAUCACUCAUUAGCCCUCUGUCCAUUUUAGUGCCAAAUGAAUUUUGGCCCUGCAACAGUGGAUGUGCUCUGUAUGCUCUGGUCUGCUUUACAAUAGAAGCAGUGAUUUCAUAAGCUGUAAUAAAUAUUUCAAUAUCA